AUGACAAAUAAGGGACUUUUCGAAUAUGUUUCAGCAACCACAGGUGCAUUUAUUAAGAAAUCUAAAAGAAAAGUAAGGUCGAAUAGAAAAAUGGAGCCUUCACUCUUAAUUCCCAUUCCCAAAUUAUAUGAUAGUCUUGUUAAAAUCGCUGAAACUAGAGAUGCCCCGAUAAUGAAUGUUAGUAGUAAAUCAAAAGUUAUUGAUGAUACUGCUGAUGAAGAUGAAACAAUUGGUAAUAGUACUUAUCAAAAAGAUACCUCCAAAGUUAGCAAUGAUGAUAACCCGACAGAUGAUGAUGUUGAUAGCAAUAUCGAUGAAGAAUUGCGAAAACGAAAGUGGGACAAUAAUGAAGAAUAUUCUGAUAAUAGCACGCAAGAUUCAUCGAAAGCAGUUGAAGAAUCAGGUAAUUCAAAUGUGGCCAAUGUUAAGAAAAAUGAAAAGCGAAUAAGAUUACCAGAUCCAUCAGAUAACAGAAAUCCAGGGGCCAGAAAGAAGAAGAAAUGUUCGGUUUGUAAUUUAAGCUUUGCAAACAUGACUACACAUAAAAGAACUCAUUUAUCACCAGAAGACAAGCCAUUCCAUUGUGAUAUCUGUCCUAAAAGUUUCUCAAGAAAUUUUGAUUUUUUAAGGCAUAAGAAGGAACAUGUUCAGAAAGCUCUUAUCCAAGAUGUAAAUUCUCAAGAUGCAUAUUCUGACUUAACAAACAAAUCAAAGUUAACUCAAUUACAUAACAUCGGUAAUGUAUUCAGGUGCCCAUACAAUGAGAAAGUAAUCGAUUUGGAUUUAUCUUUGCAUAAAUAUAAAGUCAAACCAGCUAGUAGCCAGGUUGCUAACUGUCACCAUAACGGGAUGUUUUUUAGGAAAGACACAUUAAGAAAUCAUUUAAGAAGUCAUCAUUUCGAUUACGACAAGAAAGAAUUGAGUGUGAAAGAGAAAGCAUGCGCUUCAGGUCGAUGUAGAUUUUGUAACGAAUGGCAUGAAAAUGCUAAAAUAUGGGCCGAUGAGCAUGUAGGAAAGAAAUGUGGUUAUAGUUUCCAUUAA